AUGGCUCCUUCACCCGCUGCUGUGACUGACGGCUCCAAAACAUGGUCGCCGUCACAUCUAUGCUCCGCUGAGGGUCAUAAUGCGGACCUCUGGAGCAAGAUACACUCCCACUUGAAUUCAAACGAAUUCAAAUCUGCCAUUGUGACUGCUUUCGAGCUUCCACCAGGUGAUAACUUCACAUACCAUGCUUCAGCAAGCGUCAAUUUGAGUCAAGCAGAGGCGGCAAUCCAUGCAGGUAGGGCUAAUGGCCUACAUGCUUGGUAUAUGGAACACAAGUCCAACGAUAUCGAAGCCGCUCCCUUCGAAGAUGCUUCAGAUCAGCACGGACUAGAGCAUCGGGCAGAUCAGGCAUCCUUGAAAUUGUCUGGCUACCCUCCAGCGAGCGACAUCCAAGCCUACCUCUCAUUAUUUGAUCCCACCAAGUCUGCUGCGAAUAGCUUGAAAUCCCUUCUGGCCAAUGCAAAGAAAGGGUCUAUCAGGCAAAGCAUCGCCGAGUAUCUACUCAGCAAGCGAUAUCUCGAUCCACUCAUCGCUGUUCCCAAAUUCAAGAUACAAUCCCUGAAGAACGACGAAUCCCAGGCACCGAUAUUAGGGCAUGAGAACCCAGCACUUGACUUCUGGGCGUACGCUUGUCUGGCUCUUGAGUAUGCAGGCCCAAAUGAGAACACUUCUCUGGUGAAGUCUUCCCACCAUGUGCUCCCGAUUUUCAUGCAUCAUUUUGGGUGCGUGGUUCCUUCAUACGAAGCCUUGCAUAUCAUCAGUAAGGUCGCAAAUGGCAAGUCUGUUAUCGACAUGGGCAGCGGAAAUGGAUACUGGACUCUGAUGCUUCGACAAAUUGGACUCACUGUCGCUGCUGUUGAUAGUGUUCAGAGCAAGUGGCGCACAGUCUGGAUUCCUGAUACGACCGUCACAGAUGGGAUACAGUACCUCAGGAAGCGCGGUGGGUGUCCUGACAUGGUCCUACUUCUAGUCUACCCGAUCGUCGGUGGUGACUUUACUCGCAAAGCCAUCGAAAGCUACACUGGCCAUGUGAUCUGUGUUGCUGGUACACAGAAUGGGAACGGGUACACAGGUUUUAAGGAUAUGAUGAUCGACGAGUUCAUGAGAAAGGAAAAGGCAUCUUGGAAGAAAUGUGCUCAGGUCCCGUUACCGAGUUUCGCUGGUAAAGACGACGCACUGUUCGUGUUCAGACGCAAGAAGGAUGCAGAUCUAGGAAGCCCAUGA